GGUGUCCAAAGUUUCUUUAAAAAAAAAAAAAAAAACAAAAAACAAAAAAAGUUUUCAAAAUUUCCAAAAUACGAAAUAUCAUUUUUCUUUUUUGAAAAGCAAAAUAUGAAAUAUCUGUUAUCAGAAUUUUACGGUACAGCACUUUAUAAGGAGUUUUUAAAACCCACAUUCCCUCUGUCAAUCUGUUACGAGAAAAAUGAUAAUCAGCAGCGGAGUGUCUGGUGGCGUCCGUACAUGCUGCCUAAGCCUCCCUUGCUCGCCUGAAAUGUCUCUCCGUCGCUCUGCUGCGAUCAUUUUCGGUGGCCGACGGCGGCUGUUGGCAACCAAAUGUUCCGCUACUUCUGGCUUGAAGAAUAAGGAGAAGGUGAUAGUUAUAUCUGGGCCGACUGGUGCCGGAAAGAGCAGACUUGCUUUGGAACUCGCUAAGCGUCUCAAUGGGGAAAUCAUCAGCGCCGACUCUGUCCAGGUGUAUCGGGGUCUUGAUGUUGGAUCUGCCAAGCCUUCCCCGAGUGAAAGAAAGGAGGUGCCACAUCAUCUGCUUGACAUACUGCACCCCUCUGAAGGUGUUUGGAUGUUACUGUUCUCCCUAUUCAAAACAUGUAUUUUAUUCUCCAGACUAUUCUGUUGGUCAAUUUUAUGAGGAUGCAAGGCAAGCUACAAGAUGCAUUCUUGAUGGUGGCCGUGUUCCCAUAGUUACCGGUGGGACUGGAUUGUACUUGAGAUGGUUCAUGUAUGGAAAGCCUGAUGUGCCUAAAGCAUCUCUGGAGGUUGCUUCUGAAGUAUAUGCAGAACUAGCAGACUUACAGAAAAGCGAAGACUGGGAUGCAGCUGUGGAGUUGGUUGUCAAAGCAGGUGACCCAAAAGCCCAAUUUUUGGCUAUGAAUGAUUGGUAUCGGCUACGACGAAGCCUUGAGAUCAUUAAGUCUAGUGGAUCACCUCCAUCUGCAUUUUCAGUACCAUAUGAUUCUUUCCGGAAACAAUGUGAUUUGGGUGCUACAGACAACUCUAAUGACAUGAACUCAUCUCCUGAUGAAGUCGGGGAAAAUAAAUCAAAGGGAUUGGACUAUGACUUCAUUUGCUUUUUCCUCUCUAGCCAAAGGCUUCAUCUCUAUAGAUCAAUUGAUUACCGUUGUGAGGAUAUGCUCUCAGGAAGUGAAGGUAUUUUGUCUGAGGCCAGAUGGCUUCUUGAUAUAGGCCUUCUUCCGAAUUCAAAUUCAGCAACUCGAGCGAUUGGUUACAGACAAGCAAUGGAGUAUCUGCUAAUGUGCAGGCAGCAAGGUGGCAGAAGUUCUGCAGGACAAUUUUAUGCUUUUUUAUCAGAAUUUCAGAAAGCAUCUAGAAAUUUUGCAAAACGACAAUUGACAUGGUUUCGAAAUGAGAGAACAUAUCACUGGCUUGAUGCUUCUAAGCCCAUGGAAGAGGUGCUUAAUUUUAUUUAUGAUGCAUACCAUGAUAAAAAUGGAACUGUGAUUGUACCUGAAUCGCUCAAAUUGAGAAAAGAGUUAUCAAGCCGCCGAGAAGUUUCUGAAUUAAAGGCCUAUCGAACUAAAAAUAGGCAUUUUGUUAGACGUGAAGAUUGCUCUCAGAUUUUAGACUGGAUAAUGAGAACAGAAGGUGAAGCAAUGACCAAAGUAUGAUCAUUCACUUCAUUCUGCCUUUGGGCUACAAAUCAUAAAUCUUGACAAAGCAAAUCCCAAGUUUUUCUGAAAGGUUAGUGCUCGAAGCUGUGGUUUUGUGUCAGCUUUUCAAAUAUAGCCUCAUUAACGUAUAUCUGCAGCAAUGUCGUUGACUACUUCCGAAAUCAUCGUUUGAGCCUCCUCUUCUAUGUACAAAUUCACAUUGAUUUUCUCUAACAAUAGCUCGAUUUGGUUAUUUAGUGGGUAAAAUUUCUUAGCCAUUAAUAUAGGAUUGUGUUUUACAAUAGGAGACAGAUUCUUUCUUUCUUUCUUUUCUAUUUUUCUUCCUUCAUGUACUUUCUGUACGGGAGCAUGUUACAGAAAAAUUGUGAAACAUAGAGUCGAUUUUGAUCCCCUUCCUAUUCGCCUUUCUUCUAUGUGCUGUAAACAACAUUGAGUUUGCAUUUUGUAUGACCUAAUAUUCUGCAGAA